AUGUGGCCUUAUGGGCUACUGUUUCUCUUUACCGCUGCUUCUCAGGUGAGCUCAUCACCGGAAGCUUGUGAAUCGCAGAGUGCCACUGGCAGUGGCCUCUUGCAGGCCAAGGUGCUGAAGAAAGGCCUCAGCAAUGAGGACCUUUUGGAGGAGAUGAAGAAGCUUGUGACUGAAGUGGAAAGCAAGCUGGAAGAGGACCAACCGGACGAGUCGUUGGUCAGUGUCCACGAUCGGCUGAAGAAGGCAGUCAAUGCAAGCGGGGACAUGGCUGCCCAUUGCACGGCUUCCAAGUUGCGUAAAUUUUCGCCCAUGCCAGCCGCAGCUACUCAGGAGCUGACAAAGCAGAAGGACAUCGAACUGGAGACCAAUUGUGAUGGUAUCAAAUUGGUGGAGUAUCUUCCUCAGAGCACUGCAACUUCGUGCUGUCCAUCAGACAAUGUCCUAUGCGCUGGAUGUGCAAAGUUUGAGAGCGGCAGUUGUGUGAAGUGCGAGGGCGGGUUCUUCAAAAAUCCGACAGAUCAUAUUUGUGUGGCUUGCACCGACUCCAUGGGCUGGGUUACCGAAGAAGGUCUUACUUGCGAUGCCUUGGUUGGCGAUGGGUGCAAUGAUCGCCCUGUGAACGGAAUCAGCAGCAACCCAGCUUGCUGCAAGUGCAAUGGAGGAACCAAGGCACCAACACCUUUUCACUAUGCCGACAAGCGCUUCGCGAUUGGAGAUGAUAUCAACCUGCAUCCCAUUCCCCGCACAGCAGAGAGAUACUCCGUGGAUUCGGGUUGCGAGCUUGGUGCGCACAACUUAACCAUCAAUGGAACAACGGGCCAUAUCAGCUACUUUCCAAAGAAGGAGCCUCCCCAAAAGCCCUUCAGCUUGGAAUGCGAAGUGACUGCACACCAGAAUGCAGGCGUCUCCGAGACUGUGAAGGUGAAGAUCACAGUGGACCAUUGGACCUAUGGCACUUCAGUCUUGAUCCUCUCGCCCAGUGAGAGCACCUUCGCUCCGAAAACUGACCAGGGAACGUGGAGCGACUUUUCCAUGGCCUGUGCCCCUGAAGCUCCAUGGCUUCGCUUGAAUCAUCAAACGGGACAGCUCACUGCAGGGACGAGCCAAGGCGCUGUGGCGGAUGCAGACGGUAUCAGUACGCAGGUGUACAUUGGAAGCAGCUCCACGAACGAGAAGUGUGUGCCAGAUCCAGGCCACAUUCAUUGCGACAACACAACCCAAAAUCGCAGCGACUCCUAUGGCGACACCUUUGAUGUGUACCACAAAGGUGACAAGAUUUGUGCACGUCGUCUUCGAACCAGUGGAGGCUGGGGUCUCCAGCUCAGACUCAACUGCCCACGGGUGGAAUAUGGAGGUGGCGUGACAGAGGUGGAUGAGCAUUUGGGCUUGGACGGAGCCAUUUGCGUGGCCAAUGGAUGGCAGUUUCUCCAACAAGGUGAUGCUAAGAUGCACGAGAAGCGCACCAACACCUUUGUAGUUUUGAGGCCAAGACCAUGGAAGGCCUUGACGUAUGAAACGACCUAUGCAGAGGUGGUUGCAGGAGAGGAGUUGCCGCCCAUCAAGCUACAGGUGCCUGCAGGAUAUGAAGAGGGCACUGGUGGAUUGAGGCCUUCUCGUUUCUAUGUGUCAUGCAAUGUUGAUGUGGCCUCCUACAAUGGACCUACCAACCCUCACUACAGCUACGACAGCCUCAUGAACGUGGGCUUGCUUGGAAGUCACCCCUUGCUGGAAGUUGACGCAGAUGGUAACAUUCUCGUGGCCCCUGCUGAAACCUUGGCCAAGCUCUUUGAUGAUGUUGGCGCUGACGCUCUCCAGAGAAAAUCCAUGCAUGUUGGGUGUGGAGUCUGGGGGACCUUCCCUGGAACAGACAUCAGCCCAUUGUUUACUUCCCUGACGUUGAAGAUCAAGGAUGACAUGUGUUGGGUCUCCCAACGCAUUCUGGGCACCGUGGUCUUGACCAAGACCAGCAGCACUCACCAGAGCUGUAGGAACACCUGCCGAAUGUUGAAGACGUGCUCGCACUACACCUACCACGAUGCUCCACAUGAGUGCAGGAUGUAUCGGGUCUCCACUGAAGGUGGUGACUACGUCACGGUGCAUGCCAAGGUGAAUGACUGCACUGACUUGAGCACAUGUAUCCGGCUGAAGCACUCGAAGUGGGCCAUCCAAGGUGAUUACUGUCCGGUGGCCUAUGACAUCACGCGUGGUGGUCCUGUCUAUAGGAAGGACAGCUCAAUCCCAGAGGAAGUUCUGUAUUUGUCCAAGGUCGCUGCGGCCUCCACCACCACCUGUGGCACCUCCAACUGGUUGGUGCAAGCCGCAUCGAAGAACGACUUCAUUGACGACGAGAUGGGCUACUUUGAGCUUAAAGGUGAGGAAAAGCUGUGCCUUGGAGCUGGCUUGCCCUCCUCUCACGUGAUUUUUGGCACUGAUGCACAGGUGAGUGAGGGCCGCUGGUUCAGCAUUUACUCCUCGGGCAGCAAGUGGGGCGACAAACACAAUGACAAAGUUCAAUUCAAUGCUCACGUGAGGGCAGUUGGCUCCUUCAUCAUUCGACGCCUUUGUGAUUUGGCGACAAUAGGGCAUCAAGCAGUCCUGAUGAAGUAUGGGGAGGAGAUGGGGCUUGAAGCUGAGCGGAUACCCCCUAUCCUCCUCAAUGGUCUGAUGGAAGAAGAGACCCUGGUUACCUUUGCAAUUGGGAGCGGAGGCCGUCAAGCGCCGGAGGUUGAGGAUGAGGAGGCAGAGUUGGCGAGAAAGAGACGCAAAGAUGUCAAUGAUGUGUCAGGCCCCGGAUAUCAUGGCCCUGAAGUUGCCCCGGCACGUGCUCCUGUCCGUCCUGCCCCAGAUGGGAGCCCCAAGCGCCAAGAAGAGCCAUCUCAGCGCUGUCAGCGGAGCCCCAGAGAGAGGGGUCCGUUGGUCAAGGAGGAGGAACGAGGUCGAGAAAGACGGCGGCGGGAACAUCGUGUUCGCGAAGGUGAUCCACCCGCUCCAGUUCGUCACGAACGGGAUCAAAGCUGUAAGAAGGAAGAGGUCCUUCAGCGCUUCGAGGAGUUGGAUGUUAGUCGGGAAGAUGCCCUCGUAUGGGUAUCGGGCGAAGACCUCACUCCAUCCUUUUACCUGUUUGAGCUGCCGGACUGUUGGCCCGAGUACAUGACGCUUGGAAAGCCAGUGAUGCCUCAUGACGUUGGGUUAAAGGGCAGCUCAUCUUUGUGGGUGAGCCUCGGAUUGCCCGUGGGGUGGCGCAGUGCAGGGAGCUUUAUGCAGGCUGCACUUCGCGAGCUGUCCCUGCGUGCUCCAUCCCUGGGAGGUCACACCGGAUGA